CGGGCGCCGGGCUGGAGAGUUGGUGGAAAGUGACAAGUUGAGGGAGGCUGAGAGCCAGAGAGCGAGCGCGCGGAGCGGGAGGAGCCGCCGCAGCCGCCACCGAGGGAGCCCCGGGACGGCAGCCCCCGGGCGUAGGGCGCGCUCUGCUCAGAGUCCGAGCCGGGGGCACUCGCCUCCCGCGAGCGCGACACCGACAGCCCGGGACUGACCGGCCGGCGGAGGCGAGGCUGCAGCCGGAGGGCUGAGGAGGGACCCGCGCGCGUACGGGGUCCAGAGGCGGCCGGGCGGAGCGAGGGAGCAGGUUUAGAGGGACAAAGAACUUUGCAGACGCCCCCGGCAUCCUGCGCGGAGAGCGGCCGGAGCGAGGUGGCCGGGACCCCGGGCAGAGCCCGUGGAUGUUCUGCGCGCGGCCUGGGAGCCGCCGUCGCCGCCGCCGCCGCCGCCGCGAGAGGAGGAAUGCACCGGCCGCGCCGCCACGGGGCGCGCCCGCCGCUCCUGGCGCUGCUGGCCGCGCUGCUGCUGGCUGCGCGUCGGGCCGCUGCCCAAGAAACAGAGUUGUCAGUCACUGCUGAGUUAGUGCCUACCUCAUCGUGGAACAUUUCAAGUGAACUCGACAAAGAUUCUUACCUGACCCUCGAUGAACCGAUGAAUAACAUCACCACGUCCCUGGGGCAGACAGCUGAACUGCACUGCAAAGUGUCUGGGAAUCCACCUCCCACCAUCCGCUGGUUCAAAAAUGAUGCACCUGUGGUGCAGGAGCCCCGGAGGAUCUCCUUUCGGGCAACCAACUAUGGCUCCAGGCUGCGGAUUAGAAACCUCGACACCACAGACACAGGCUACUUCCAGUGUGUGGCAACAAACGGCAAGAAGGUGGUUUCUACCACUGGAGUCUUGUUCGUCAAGUUUGGCCCCCCUCCCACUGCAAGUCCAGGGUCCUCAGAUGAGUUUGAAGAAGAUGGAUUCUGUCAGCCAUACAGAGGGAUUGCGUGUGCAAGAUUUAUUGGCAACCGCACUGUCUAUAUGGAGUCUUUGCACAUGCAAGGGGAAAUAGAAAAUCAGAUCACAGCUGCCUUCACCAUGAUCGGCACCUCCAGCCACUUAUCUGAUAAGUGCUCCCAGUUUGCCAUUCCUUCUCUGUGCCACUACGCCUUCCCGUACUGCGACGAGACCUCAUCCAUCCCGAAGCCCCGGGACCUGUGUCGCGAUGAAUGUGAAAUCCUGGAAAACGUCCUGUGUCAAACAGAGUACAUUUUUGCAAGAUCAAAUCCCAUGAUCCUGAUGAGGCUGAAACUGCCAAACUGUGAAGAUCUCCCCCAGCCUGAGAGCCCUGAAGCCGCAAACUGCAUCCGGAUUGGAAUUCCCAUGGCGGAUCCUAUCAAUAAAAAUCACAGGUGCUAUAACAACACAGGUGUGGACUACCGGGGAACCGUGAGUGUGACCAAAUCAGGGCGCCAGUGCCAGCCGUGGAAUUCCCAGUACCCCCACAUGCACACCUUUACCGCCCUCCGUUUCCCGGAGCUGAACGGGGGCCAUUCCUACUGCCGCAAUCCAGGGAAUCAGGAGGAGGCUCCCUGGUGCUUCACCUUGGAUGAAAAUUUCAAGUCUGACCUGUGCGACAUCCCAGCCUGUGAUUCGAAGGAUUCCAAGGAGAAGAAUAAAAUGGAGAUCUUGUACAUACUCGUGCCAAGUGUUGCCAUUCCUCUGGCCAUUGCCCUGCUCUUCUUCUUCAUUUGUGUCUGCCGCAAUAACCAGAAGACCUCGUCACCACCUGUCCAGAGGCAACCGAAACACGUCAGAGGUCAAAAUGUGGAGAUGUCAAUGCUUAAUGCAUAUAAACCCAAGAGCAAGGCUAAAGAGCUCCCACUCUCGGCUGUACGUUUUAUGGAAGAACUGGGUGAAUGUGCCUUUGGAAAGAUCUAUAAGGGCCAUCUCUAUCUCCCAGGCAUGGACCAUGCUCAGCUGGUUGCCAUAAAGACCUUGAAAGACUGCAACAACCCCCAGCAAUGGACAGAAUUUCAACAGGAAGCCUCCCUGAUGGCCGAACUACACCACCCCAAUAUCGUCUGCCUUCUAGGGGCCGUCACGCAGGAGCAACCGGUGUGUAUGCUUUUCGAGUAUAUGAAUCAGGGGGAUCUCCACGAGUUCCUUAUCAUGCGAUCCCCGCAUUCUGACGUCGGCUGUAGCAGCGACGAAGAUGGGACCGUAAAAUCCAGCCUGGAUCACGGAGAUUUUCUGCACAUUGCGAUUCAGAUUGCAGCCGGCAUGGAGUACCUGUCUAGUCACUUCUUUGUCCAUAAGGAUCUUGCGGCUCGCAAUAUUUUAAUCGGGGAGCAGCUUCAUGUAAAGAUUUCAGACCUUGGGCUUUCCAGAGAAAUAUACUCUGCCGAUUACUACAGGGUGCAGAGUAAGUCUUUGCUGCCCAUUCGCUGGAUGCCCCCUGAAGCCAUCAUGUAUGGCAAAUUCUCGUCUGAUUCCGAUAUCUGGUCCUUUGGGGUUGUCUUGUGGGAGAUCUUCAGUUUUGGACUGCAGCCGUACUACGGAUUCAGUAACCAGGAGGUGAUCGAAAUGGUAAGAAAACGACAGCUGCUGCCAUGCUCCGAAGACUGCCCGCCCAGAAUGUACAGCCUCAUGACGGAGUGCUGGAACGAGAUUCCUUCCAGGAGACCCAGAUUUAAAGAUAUUCACGUCCGGCUUCGCUCCUGGGAGGGACUGUCCAGUCACACCAGCUCCACGACCCCUUCGGGAGGAAAUGCCACCACGCAGACCACCUCCCUUAGCGCCAGCCCAGUUAUGCUUUCUAAUCCAGUGCUAGAAAAUCCAGUGAAUUUGGAAGCAGCCCAAAUGCUGAUUAAAGAUGAAUCUCUGUACAAACAAGAAGUUCUAAGACUUCUCAACCAACCAACACAAUUGAGAAAUAACAGCCCUGAGUUUCCUAAAGAUCCAGAUAAACUUAUCAGAUCAACUAAAGCAAUCUCAUUUAAUGAUUACUACAAGACAUGGUCCGGAAUAGCAACAUCAAAAGCCACAGAAUACUAUAGAAGUCCAUUGCUUGAAGAUCCAAAUUUUGUUGUAGAGUAUUGUAAAUGGAAGAAAGCUGAAUUAAAACAUCCUAAAGAAUGGAAUUUAAAGUAUGCUGCUUCCAUGGCUCGGCUGGCUAGAGAAAGUAGAAGGCCUUCCAAAGUCAAUUAUCCAACUGAAAGAUUUCAUCUCUGCCCAACUCCAAUUCAAAAUUUUGCUGACUCACAGACUGAAAUGGAUAUUGUCAUGAAGACUGGUAGAACAAAGGAGAGGUGGAGGAGUGUAGCUUUACCAAAUGAUGAUAAUGCAAAUGAGUCAUGGGAAGAAGAAGCAGAAGACCUGGUCGCCUGGACCAACACUCUUGAUAUAGAUGUUUUAGAAGAUUCAGCCUGAUGCUCCAGGAUUUAAAACCACAGCUUGGCUUCAUGAGGCAACUUUGGAACUUGGAUUCCAUUUUUUUUGAAGUUGGCCUCAUGCUCUCAUGUCAAGUACACAUUAAAAAUAUAAGUACAAA